GACGGUGCUGGGAGACCCGGCGUGCGCUUUCCCCUUAAGAUGUGAACCAGGAAAGGGGAAGGGGCUGAGGGGAGAAAGGACGUGGCCUCCCCCGCGAGUCCAUGGUCAGUGACUGUGACCCGACCGGGAAACGACCCUCUUCUCAAAAGCCACCAUCACCGCCCCGAGCGCGCGCGCACAGACCGGUCGGAGGCGAGAAUUGGUCUUUUCAGGGCACAGUUCAGCUCCUCUGUGGAUGCGUCCCCAGAUGGCAGGAUUUCCAAGAAAUCGAGACUGUCCCUCGUGCACUUGGGAAUAAUAAUUCCCCAAGACAGCACUUGGGGAUUCCGGGUAAUCCUGAGGCUGCCCGGGACUUCUCCAGCUCUCCAGCCCCAGGUAACCUGACAUUGUGUUCCAGGCUGCGGGCUAAGCCAGACAGUGUUCGCCUCCCGUUCUUUCCACCGAGGGAAGUGAACGCCACCCCCACCCGCCUUUGCCUGCGAGUCUCCCUCGCUGGCCGAAGGGAAGCCGGUCGGGUCCCGGGAGGAAGAUGGCGCAGCGAAUUCGGUGAGGACGGCCGGCCCCGCCCCCGACAAGGAACUCGCUCGUUCACCUGGUGUCUGGGAACUUGAAUGUGUGAUGGGCGCUUACUGUUCUGAACCCUUGAUGGCUCCCUCCUAGGGCUGCAUUUCAAAAAUAGUCAUAUUUUUAAAGGAGUUGGAGGAGAGGGAGGGGGAGGACAUGGCACCAUUCCAGAAACCAGCAUUAUUACAACACCAUAGCCAGUAUGUUUAGUUUGGCUUUUCCUAACAUAGAAAUCUUUGAAGGUGGGGGAGUGGAAAUAAAGUUUAAAAAAUGAGAGAGCAGUUUUCCAACUAUGUCAACAAAGCCUAUCGUGUUGAUGUUUUUAUUGACCAUUUUAGCAACAUGCUAAUAAAAUUUCAAAUUGAAAUUUUUAUUUUCAUGGCUUUAAUCCAUGAUAGUUUAAAUACUGGGGGCCAUUAAGAGUGGAUGUAGCUAAGAGCUUAGCUAACAUUGCCUUUUCACUCUAUUUUUCUCAAAUAUUAUAAGAAUUCUGUUUUUGACUAUUGUAGUUUUUUGGCUUUAAACAGCAGCCCUAGUAAUAGUGGAGUUGUUAAUGAAUGUGUAUAUUGUACUGAAUUUCUGUCAGUUAAGGGGUUCACUGCUUUGGUGGAAAUUGCCAGCAGGUUCCAUGAUGUUUCUUUUAUCCAUGUUGUACCUCAUCACCAUUUCACAUUUGCAUUUCUAUUUUUCUUCUUCUCCUCCUGAUCUCCUUAAAACUGAAUCUAGAGUCGGUGGCUUUUCCCCCUCCUCUUUAGCCAGUUUCACAGUUCAAUUCUUGCUGAAAACAGGGAAGAACUAGUAGGAUCAGGACAAAUGCUUGUUUUUCAAAAACUGAAGGCUGGGUGUGAAACCCCUUCCUUAGACAAGGAUUAUAAACUUCUCUCCUCCUGCUGCAGCCCCAGCCUAACUGAUAGUUACUUGAUUCAAUGUGUUAGACGCUUAUAGCAUUUAGGUCUCUUUCAAGGGAAUUUGUCAAAUAAUGCUGUUUAGCUAAUUGUUGCAAGCAAUUGCACAUUAACAGCUGUGAUUUGGUUGGUCAGAAAGUAUUACGACCAAAGCCAGUUUCUUGGCAUUUCAAAAAUAAUGCAAUAAAAACUAGUUGAGGUUAGCUGAGACUGAAAAUGCCUUUUUCAUGGUAAAUGAUUCACUUCUAUUUUUUUUUCUUUCUUUUCUUCUUUAGUUUUCAUCCUGGAUUCAUUCCCUGAUCUUAAAUCAAAAGGUCAGAUCAAUGAAAUAUGAACUAAAGUAUUUUUCUUAAGCCUAUUGAGUGAUUUAUUUUUUAAAAAAUGUUCAAAUGCAUAUGCUUUUCUUUUAGCACAACAGCAAAACUUUUGUAAUAACUAACUUACCCUUGCAUGUAUAAAUAACUGAAAGUCAUUUAUUUCCCUAGCUUAUUCCUCUUUCAAAUAACAGGUGGCAGAUCAUAAAACGAAAUUCUUUAUUGUAUCUACACAUUCCACAUUCCUUACUGUGUCCUACUACUGUAUCUUGGCUCCCUGCUGUAUUAAACACCAUCUUAAGCACU